AUGAUUACCAAAGAAGACCAACAACUACAGCUACCACCACCACCACCUUCACCAACAACAACAACAACAGAAGUAGAACAACAACCAGAACAACUAGAACAAGAACAACCAAUCAAAUCACUUCCAAUAGUGAAAAAACAACAAAAGAAAAGAGUAUACAAGAAAAAGAACAAAAAGCAAGAGCAGCAAGCAACAUACAUAGUUUUCUUUAAUUCAUUUUAUGGAAAGGACAUUUUAGCAUUGUCUCGUCUUCUUCUUCAUCCUCUUCCUUCUGCCUUUAUACAAUAG